AUAGUCCUUAAGGAGCACUUUACCUCUUUGUAUAGUCCUGCCAGAGAGACGGCCAUAAGCAAGAAGAACAUUCUUGUAGGGUGGGCCAAGGCUGGACUGUUCCCUUUCAACCCAGAUAGAGUUUUGAGGACUCUAGCAAAACCGUUGGCU